CCGUUCACGACCGGUGCCCCGCGGCUCAGCAUAAUCGAAUAUGCCCAUUGGUGUCUCCGCAGUGAAUAUGGCGGAUACGGAAGGGGAGUCGCUGGAGACGUGGCUCAACAAAGCCACCAACCCAUCCAACAGGCAGGAAGACUGGGACUACAUUACAGGAUUCUGUGACCAAAUCAAUAAGGAAUUGGAAGGGUAUGGCUGCUUUUUCUAUGCUCUUCAAGUAACGUUACAGCAGGUCCCCUGGAUCAUAUUUCAGAAGCUGAACUCAUUUCUGCAGUGUUAAGCCCACAGAUUGCUGUGAGAUUGUUAGCCCAUAAAAUCCAGUCCCCACAAGAAUGGGAGGCGAUACAGGCUUUGAUGGUUUUAGAGGCUUGCAUGAAGAACUGCGGGAAAAGGUUCCACAAUGAAGUUGGGAAAUUUAGGUUUCUAAAUGAACUCAUCAAAGUGGUGUCACCUAAAUAUCUAGGUGACAGAGUGUCGGAGGUGGUGAAGAAGAGAGUGGUAGAUAUGCUCUUCAGCUGGACGCGCUCUUUACCCGAUGAGGCGAAGAUCAGUGAAGCUUAUCAAAUGCUGAAGAAACAAGGUAUUGUCACUGUUGACCCUGAUGUUCCUCUGGAUAAGACACUGAUGCCGUCGCCCCCCUCCCGGCCCAAGAACCCUGUGUUUGAGAACGAGGAGAAGAGCAAGCGACUGGCCGAGCUUCUGAAGAGCAAAAAGCCUGAGGAUCUACAGGAGGCCAACCGCCUCAUCAAAAACAUGGUCAAAGAGGAUGAGGUGAGGCUGCAGAGAGCGUCGAAGCGCAGCGGCACCCUGGAGGAGGUAAACAACAGUGUUAAACUGCUCAACGAGAUGCUCAGCCACUUCAGCAGGGACCAAUCAACGGACGGAGACAAGGAGCUUAUCAAAGAGCUUUAUGGUGACUGUGACAAGUUGAGGGGGACUGUGUUCAAGCUGGCCACAGAGACAGAGGACAAUGACAGCAGCUUAGGUGACAUAUUGCAGGCCAGCGAUGACCUGUCCCGCGUCAUCAACUCCUAUAAGAGGAUUGUGGAAGGACAGACUGUCAAUGGAGAGAUGGAGCCACUUGGACUGUCAACUACUACACAAUGUACCAAAGACAGCAACCAGUCUGAGAUCCUGAUAGACCUGGCUGGUCUGGACCUCCAGAUCCCCUCCCCACCAGAGCAUCCUCCUCUAGCCCAGCACCCAGACUUCAUCCCAGCCGACCUGCUGUACGGGUCUGCCCCCCUCCAGGAUCUUCAGGCCUGCCCUGCCAUGGAGGACCCCAGGCCCAGCAAACCCUCUGCUGCACUGUCUCUACUGGACAAGGAGCUCCUCUCUCUAGGACUAAAUGACCCAGUUCCUGCAAAAGAUGACUUGAAUAAUCUGUGGAAGACAUUUUUGCAAGCUCCCAACCCAGUUUUGGACCUGUUUGGCAGCGCCAUCCCAGCUACUGUAUUCUCUGCAGCUUCUACGACAGAGAAUACAGAGCCUGUUUCUAAGACAGCCGCCCCUGUCAGUUACCCACAAUCCUCAGUGGCGGCCUCCUUCCCCUACCCCAGUGCUGCUGCCCAGGCAGUCUCCGCCUCCCUGAACCACAGUCUGCAGGACCUGGCCAUGUUGGAUUUGGGUAGCCCCAAGAGCAUGUCUGGUGUGAUCAACACUGGCGACCUGUUUGGGAUGGGUGAGGCUAUGGGUGCCACUGCCUCCCCGAGAAUUGGUAUCCCCGCCUCCAGAUCCAGCCCUCUCCCUCUGGGCAUCCUACCGGCUGCUGCUGCUGCUGCAGCCCCUACCUUGUCCCCUAAGACCCAGGCUGAUGACAGCCCCCUUCUCCGCUCCCUGUCCCCCAUCCUGAUUCUCCCGCUGGGGCAGGCCAGCCCAGCCAAGUUCCCUGAGAUCUCCCUAAGUAACAUCCACGUCCCCCUAGAAGCCAUCAAGCCAAGCAAGCUGUGUCCUGUGACGGCCUAUGAUAAAGACGGGGUCCGCGUUCUCCUGCACUUUGCCACCGACUGUCCGCAGGGCCGGCCGGACGUGCUGGUGAUGGUGGUGUCCAUGUUGAACACGGCACCUCUUCCCGUCAGGAACAUAGUCCUACAGGCUGCUGUACCCAAGUCGAUGAAGGUGAGACUACAACCGCCCUCGGGAACUGACCUGGCGCCCUUUAACCCCAUCUUUCCCCCCGCCGCCAUCACUCAAGUCAUGCUGCUGGCCAACCCACUGAUGGAUAAGGUCCGGAUGAGAUACAAGCUGACGUUCACACUGGGAGAGCAGCAGUGCACAGAGACUGGGGAGGUGGACCAGUUCCCCCCAGCAGAGAUAUGGGGGGCUCUAUAGCACCCCUAACCCCAAAUGGUGCCAGGGACAAUACAGCGACACCUGGUGGGGACUGUAUUUGGGGGAGAAUCAAUGUAUUUGCGAAUGUUUCAUAUACUAGUAAGUUAUUAAGCGAUAUUAUCAUUAUGCCAUUUGCUACAUUGUCCUUCUGUUAGGUGUCAUGUUUAUUUAUUUAUACUUCAAACCCAAUCUUCUCUGACUGGAAUUGUUACAGAAUUGCUGCACUUUAGAAAUGCCGUACAGACUUUGGUUUUAGAGCAGUCAUAUACACUUUGAAAUUUAACUUUGAACGGUCAAGAAGAGCCAGCCUAGCAUGUGAUAAGAGUGGAAGUUAUCACAUGAUAUAUAUCGGGCACUUACACAAGACUGUCACAAUGAACUACCAGUAAUUGGACAGGGACAAUCUCCCGAUUGUCACAGUUAAUGGAAAAGAAGCCCAAGACUAGUAGCAUACGGUAUACAUGUAUCUCUUUUCCUCCUGCCCCCUUUCACUUUAUUCCAAUACAAUACCUCAGUAGAAAAUGAUGGUGCAGAUAACUGACAGUACAGACAGCUAAAUGCUGAACACUUGCAUAAUGUUGUUGAGAAGAACUUUGAAUAUAUUCAAAAUAAUUCUUUGUAUUUUGGGAGCAGAGUGCUAUUUAUCUGGUCAGGUGGGAAUUUUCUAUUUCUACCUAUAUAUUUCUAUUAGUGCUAUUUUGACAUGUUUCAGUUAUGGGAGGUGGUGGCCUGCCAAGAUGUGUGACUGUGAAUCCUUAAGUAUUUAUUUAUUUAUUUUUAGGUGCUUGUCAUGAAAGUAUUGGUUUCCAGAGAUGGUGUUAGCUAAGCAAGCUCUGUCUUCUGUUUUGAGAUGAGUUUACUGCUGAAUUCUUCCCUGCAUACUUGACUUUGAAUGGCUUGGUAGCAAUUUAAUAUUAGUUUGUAGAAACCUGGGACUUAUCCAGGAGGGGGAAAUAUCAUAGCACUUUCAGAUAGACCUGUAUUGAGUAGAACAGGGAAGCUUGUUUGAAUAGGGAAGCUUGUCAGCUCUAUACAUUACAUUUCUAUCUGCGACGUCUUAAACCUUGCAUCCCCAUUCAAACAGCCUAUGGUGAAGGUGCUUUGCCUGCAGUGGUACAAUAGGACAUGAAUCGGUAACUCAAAAUAGGGCUUAUGGGUGUCCCUUGCAAUGUACUUGUAUGUAACAGGAGUGUCUGACUAUGUCUGUAUUCUGUCUGUCUGCGUUCUGAAGCCACUUUCUGUUAUUAGUACCAGUGUUAUAAUGGGAGGAGGACUCUUCCAAACUUUAAUAUCAAUUGUUGCUCUAUUUAUUGUCCAUUUUAGAGAUUGGCAAAUUAAUUAAUGUGCAUUAAUGUGUGGUUAUUUAAUGAGAUUGAACAGAAGUACUGUAUAUGUAUUUUCGAAGAACUGUUUCACCGCAUGAAGAAUUAAAGUCUUAAUUUUAAAGAAUUGCCA